CAUUUCAUGUGCUGCUCUCUGCGAUUUUUCCUGGAUUUUUCGUGAUUUCGCACGGAAAAUGGACUUUUUCUGUCUCUCCAACGAGCCUGAAUUGGUGCCUUGUCUCUUUUGUGAUCUCUCGUUGGCUUUUCCCGUCGCCCGCGAUGAAUAUUUGGCGCAUUUGUUCACGGAACAUCGUUUGGUCAUCGCAGAUGUGCAAGAAAUCAAACUUCUGCCCGAAUAUUUGAAGGCAUGGCGGAAAUCUUUCGAAGGACAUCCCAUUGCGGAGUAUUGCACGACAAUGCUGCUCGAUAAAACGCCCGACGGAAAGCCAAGUCCCAACGAAAAAUACUAUUUAUUGAGCGAUAUUGUCGCUGUGGACCGAGAAAUUCGUCAAAAAGUCGAAACAAAGUAUCUGGAACUCGUUUUGGCUCGACAUCAGUUCGAAAAAAACGAUGAAAACUUCGAAAAGGGAUGUUUAUACUGUCGUGACGUCAUCAAAGGGACACGAGCGAUGUUUUUGGAACACUUGUACACGAAACAUUUCCUCCAUUUGGGCAAAUCCGAGAAUUUAGUGUUCAUCGAGGAGCUAAUUUCAACAGUUGAGGACAAGCUGAACAACUUAAUUUGCAUUUUUUGCGAGAAAACCUUCAAAGAUCGACAAACGUUGAAGGAACACAUGCGAAAAAAAGCCCACAAACGAAUAAAUCCCGACAACAAAUCUUACGACAAAUUCUUCCUCGUCAAUUACAAAGCCAAAAACUCGUCGCCCGUGCAUCAAAAUCUCUCAAAACCCAAAAAUCGUCAAGUUCAAAAGCCGAUAACGUCAGUUUCAGAUACAGAUCGUCGGAAAAAGCCUCCGGAGCGAUCGCGAGUCUUUCAAACUGACAAUUCAGACAGCGAUUGGGAUCAAUGGACUGACGAGGAAAUCGCCAUCGUGUGUCUUUUUUGCAAUUUUAGUGCCGGGAAAUUUGAUGCCGUGAAAAAUCACAUGAAUUUGGCGCAUGGAUUCGAUUUCGAUACCAUCACGGAGGAUCUGAACUUUUAUCAACGCGUGAAAAUGGUGAAUUUUAUAAGGCGGCAAGUGCAACUUAAGCGAUGUGUGAACGAUUGUUCGAUGGAAUUUGACACGGAGGAAAAUUUGUUGAAACAUUUGACGACGGAGAAUCAUUUUGUGAUACGAGAUGCGAAACUUUACAAUCAACCGCAAUAUUUUUUUCCGACAAUCGAUGACGACUCCUUUUUAUGCUAUCUCGAGGACACAUUGAGCGAAGAACUCGAACGAGGAACAGACGACUCUGCAAUCGUUGUCACCGAAGACAUUCAAGAAAGUCUAAAUUCGCACGUGGAAAAUUACGUCAUGGAAAAUUUAGUGAAAGAUGUUGUUUAA